AUGUCAGAUAAAGAAAUCGAAGAUAAUGAAUUUGAAAAUGAAGAAGAAGAAGUAGAGGAAGAAGAAGAAGAAGAAGAAGAAAAUGCUAUAUUUACAAAUGAAGAAGAAGAAGAGGAAAAAAAAGAUAUAAUGGAUGAAAUUAAAGAUAGAUUUAAAGAAGCAAAUUUUGAUGAAUUUGAUGAAACAGAGAUUAUUAAUAAUGGUAAAGAAUUAAUUAAACAAUCAAAUAUAUUAUUAGAAGAGAUUAAAGAAUUGGAAAGUGGUAAAGAGUUAUAUCAACAUAGUAAACAAUUGGUUGAUACGGUAUUAAAGAAACAAGAAGCCAAAGAGUUGAUGGAAAAAGGGUUGAAUAUAUUGACAGAGGUAAAACAAAAUCAAGAGGCACAAGCAUUGAUUGGUGAAUGUAAGAACUUUAUCGACCUAUUCAGUAAGGAGGAUAAAGUUCAAUCAAUCAUUCAACAGGGUAAAGAGCUAUUGGAGGGAAUGAAGGACGAAAACGGCGAAUUCAAUCUCACCUCGACUAAAGCCUCGUUAAAUAGAGAAGCCAUUGAAUCCCUAUUCGCCCAAGGUUCCACCAUCUUUAAGGAGUUUAAUGAGAAUGAUCAAAAUUCACUCUACUUGGAUAAAAUGAAAAAGUUAUUCUUUGAUUUAAAAGAAGCAGAAUCAACUCGUAUCACUUUAUUAAAUGGUAUUGCUGAGGGUAAGAAAUGGGUUGAAUCAUUAAAAGAAAAAGAUCCACAAAUUAAAAGUUUAGUUGAUGAAGGUGAACAAAUCUUUAAUCAAAUAGCAUCUAAUCCUGAAGUAUCAUCACUCUUUAAUGAUAGUAAAAAAGUUUUUGAAAAUCUUUUAACUUCUGAAACAAAAUUAGAUCCAUCUUCACCUGAAUUUAAAGUAUUAAUUGAAAGAGGUGAAAAAAUUGCAGGUGAUUUAAAAGAACAAUUAAAAUCAAAUAAAUUAGUUGGUGAAGUAACUCAAAGAGAAGAUGUUAAAAUAUUUUUAGAAAAAGGUAAUAAAUUCAUUUCUGAAGUUAAAUCAAAAGAACAAUUAAUUGAUUUCUUAAAACAAAAUAAAGAUUUUAUAAAAGAAAUUAAAAAUACAAUUGUACCAUUUAUUACAGAUCAAUUAUUAAAAGUACAAAUACCAACAGUUAAUGGUAUUACAAAAGGAUUUAAAUAUGAAUUAUCAAAUUUAGUAUUUGCAGGUUUAAAUAUACCACCAGAGGGAGUCGAUGUUGAAUUUAGUGAAACCAAUAGUAUAACGGCAUCAGUAUCAGGGUUCACUGCACAAUUAAAGAAUUUCUCAUGGUCAUAUAAACAAGAGGGCUUCCCAUAUUUAAAGGAUCAAGGUCUUGCUAGUGCAAAUUGUCAAAAGGGUUUCACAUCAUUGACUUUUGAUAUUGAAACUAAUAAAGAAACCAAUACACCAGAGAUUAAAAUUACAAAUAUCGUUUUUAAAAUUGAGAAUUUGGAAGUAUUGGUUCAAGAAUCUGGUAAAGUUAAAUGGCUUUACAAUUAUUUGAUUUCAAAGUUUAGUGAAUCAAUUAAAGAAGUUGUUGAAAAUAAAAUUAAAGGUACAAUCACUGGUCAUAUCAAUACUUUAUCAACUAAAAUUAAUCAAAUCGUUGGUCAAUAUUGGAAUAAAUUAAUUGAUAAAAUUAAAUCUCCUUCUUCAAAUUCAACUUUAAAUUCACCAUCACAAUCUGAAAAUAAAAUUACUGAAUUAAAUAAUGAAAAUAAUGAAAAUAAUAAUAAUAAUAAUAAUAAUGAUGAAGAUAGUGAAAAAAAAGAAUGUAAAAACAAAUCUGAUGAAAAAGAAGAAAUUAAAGUUGUAUCAUAA